CGGUAGCAUUCGGGAGUUUGGGCCUUAAAAAUGAUAAAGAACAUGCUGUUGUGCUGUUGCCGACCAUCCACGAAGGGUGCAAGCCGUGGUGUGUGGUAGUUCGGUGUUGGUAGACGAUGAGUGAAGGAGUUUAACGGUAAUAAUUAGCUUUCAUUUAGCUGGGAAGUGUUACUUGGGCGAUUAAACAGAACAGUACAAAUGUUGGGAACAGUUAGAAAAUGUGGUGUCGCCCUUGCGCAAACAUCCUGGAAAGAGGGCCGAAGAUGUGUGUCAGGGACUGCUUCUAUUGCUGGUAGCAAUCAGAUUACAAGUAUAAGAAAUGAUGGCAAAAAUACUAGUUUUAGCAAUGAUGGAACUUCCCGAUUAGUGUAUCAGUGCAAAUCAUAUCGACCCAGAAGUCACUCUCGGUCACUGUCAACAGCUAGUUCACCAUCUAUUCCAUUAGCAAUUAGUGGGACAGUGGCAACAAAAGAUGAAAGCCGAGAUUUUAUGGCUGUGUUUCCUGAUGUAGUGAGAGAUCUGACUGAAACAGGAAGGCAUUUAGACAUUCCAGAUGCUACAAAAUGGUUUGCAAAAGUGUUGCAGUAUAAUGUUCCUGGAGGAAAAAAGAAUCGAGGCUUGGCCUUGAUUUAUGCUUAUAAGGCGUUGGCAGGAAAAGAUGAACUCACUCCAGAAAACAUUCGCUUGUCUCAAAUAAUGGGCUGGUGUGUGGAAAUGCUGCAAGCAUAUUUUCUGGUAUUGGAUGAUAUAAUGGAUAACUCUGUAACAAGGAGGGGUCGACCAUGUUGGUAUCUACACAAGAACCUUGGAACUGCCGCUGUGAACGAUGGUCUUCUUCUCGAACAUGGCUUGUACCAGCUGCUAAGCCGAUAUUUCCGUGAUAAACCAUAUUAUAUCAAUGUGCUUGAGUUAUUUCAUGAUGUAGCCUUGAAAACUACGAUGGGCCAAACACUGGACCUCCUUUCAACACAGUUUGGUGCAAAGCCAAUAUUGGAAAAGUUCACAAUGGACAGGUACAAUUCCAUUGUGAAAUACAAAACAGCUUAUUAUUCAUUUCAUUUGCCAGUUGCCCUCGCCAUGUAUAUGGCAGGUUUUAAGGAUGAAGAAAGUCAUCGCCAAGCAAAGACUAUUCUUUUGGAAAUGGGCCAGUUUUUUCAAGUCCAGGAUGACUUCCUAGACUGUUUUGGAGACCCAGAAGUCACUGGGAAGAUUGGCACUGAUAUUCAGGAUGGGAAGUGUACCUGGUUGGCAGUGGUUGCAUUACAGCGAGCCACCCCUGAACAGAAAGCUUUGUUUGCAGAUUGCUAUGGGUCAAAGGAUCCACAGAAGGUUGCAGCAGUGAAGGAAUUAUAUGAACAGUUGGGCUUGUCAUCCACAUAUGCUACAUAUGAAGAAGAGAGCUACAACAUAAUCAGUACACACAUUCAGCAGGUGUCACGUGGAAUGCCCCAUAAGUUAUUCUUCAAAUUCAUGGAAAAGAUCUAUAAAAGGGAAUGCUAAAUAUCCCGCUCACUACAGCUAUCUUAUUAUGACAGUGUGGAGUCACGAUUAGCUGAGAUGGAGAAGAGUAUUUACAAGAACAAGAGCUUGAAGAGUCACUGAAGGGAAGGCCAUCUUAUGAGUUCCACUGGAAACCACUUGCUGAGCUGAUCUUUCUCUUUUCUUGGUUAAUAAUGUAACUUGACUAUCACCAUCUUCGAGGCAAAAUGACUGAACAGUGGCUUGGCACUGCUGUAGUUCUGGGCCAGAAGACAGUGGGGAAUUCUGUGUUCUGAUUGAUGCAUGUGUGUCCCACAGGGAACUGAGUCAGAGCUUCGGACUUUUACUGGCCUAAUUGUCUUGAGUUUUGUCUGAAGGGAGUUCAGGAUGCUGUUUAUUCAUUGCCAGGCUCUCCAAAAUGUUGGCAAAGCUGUGACCACAGGGUGUCAUCACACCAACUGCCAUGGAAGCUUGAAGACUCCUUCAUCUUAACCCUUUUCAUUUUGAUGUCAACAUGGCACAGUAUUGCUUGAAUGUAAAGGGUCAAAACUUAAUUUUGUUUUCAGUUGAAUUUUCAGCAUUUACUUUCCUUAUUUCUGUUCUCAUUUAUUUCUUGAAACAAUUUGGUGCCACCAGUAAAAUUUCAGAGCUUAUUGUCCUUCAUUAUAUCUGUAGUCCUAAUUUGGUUAUUCUUGUUCUCUUUUUCACCAAAGUGAAUUAUUGCAUUAUUCUGUUAUCUCCAGCAGGUAAUACUGUUUAUCAGAAUGAUCGUGAACAUCCCUUAAGUGUGAUAUUUACAUUUGUUAUGUAUAACUUUUGUACCUACCUUUAUAGUCAAUAAUAUAAUUUUUUUAUAUUGAAGUGUAAUUACAUGUUUGAAAAGUAAGAUACAUUUUUGUAUAUGUAUAGCUUUAAAAUAUUUACACAGUUAAUUAUCUAGAAUCAAAAGACAUGCAUAGAAAGUUGUGGAAAAACAAUAAAACUUGACAAUCUGCCAUCAUGCUGAAAUGAUGACACUUAAAAUGUUUCUGACCUUUAAUUUAAACGAGUUCUUUUUUAAUGUAAUAUAAAUCAUUGACAACUACAGUAUGUGUGGCAGAUCUUUUUACAUGAAACUUGAUGAAUUCAGAACACAGUUUUCAAGAAUGUUUGUCUGGGUUUCCAGUAGAUGCUGUAUGGAAACAUAUUGGUCCUUCAUGGGAGGAUGAUUUUAUGUUAUAUGUUUGUAAUUACUUUACAUGUCUGAGUUCCAAAGUAAUUUUUGGCGCACACAAAGAUUAUUGAAGAAAUUGAAAUUGACUUUGUUCGUUUUUUGCAAGCCUUUUUUUUCUCAAACUUUAAUACAGGUAGCUUAACAACAGUGAUGGAAAAGACCAGUAAUAUUGAACACUUGUAGCUUACAUAUUGAAGAUGAAGCAGGAACAUUCCCUUGUUAUACACCUGGGAAAGAGAAAUGGAUGAUCAACAUAUGAGUAUCUGAUUCUUGCCAGUGUUAAGCAUUUCUGUGUUGUUACCGAAAGUAUUAUAAAUUAAAUUCAAUUACUGUCAGCUGUU